AUGGAAGGUGAAGAAGGCUCUUCCAAUGUUACUCAAUUUCCAGCAGAUUCAAUGUGUAUUUUGCCACCAGAAAUCAUCACUGAAAUCCUCUCCAAGCUUUCGGUAAAAUCUCUAUUGACAUUCAGAUCUAUUUCGAAAACUUGGCUUGCUUUAAUCUCUAGCCCUGAAUUUAUCGACACCCAUCUCAGUUUAUCAGCUAAUAAGGAAGAGAUGCUCCAUUUGCUUGUUUUGAAUGAUCUUAAGUUUGGAGAUAAAUGGUGUUAUAGAGACUUGCAUGUUGCAUCUUUAUUUAAUAACUCUGUUAAUGAGGCUGUUGACUUGGGUUAUCCCAUUGAAGACGACCGUUAUAAGCUCCAUAUUGAGGGAUGUUGCAAUGGGUCGCCUUGUUUCAUGUCAAACAAAGACUUGAACCCGUCUAAUUGAAGAAAAGAGAGACGCCAAAGGGUAUGCAUAUGGGGAUUCUUUCUAGUUGUAUCUAUUGGAGUCAAAGAAGGUCGUUUGGCAAGCAUUAUACGAUCAUGUGACUGGCACUAGUACUGCUUGUUCUUACUACUCUCGUGAUUUGUUUGUGUUGUUGAUUUGUUUGUGUUGUUAUUUUUGAAGUUGAGUAGUUAUUCUUUGUCUGUUUUGAUAAUGGCCAUCUUUGAAUA